ACGCAUGCGUCUCUGCUAAAGCGCCAUGUUCCAGUUUCAGCAUGUUUCCAGUUCAUCUCCGCUGUCAGUGUGUAUGAUCUGACAUUAACCGUCAUGAGCUCCAGUCCGGGUCCGGGCUCUCCUGUACCCCUGACCCCCAGCCUGCAGCGGCUCUUCAGUCAUGUGAGGGUGGAGAAUCUGAUAGCAGGACUUAGUGGAGGAGUUUUGUCCACACUGGCGCUCCAUCCACUCGACCUGGUCAAAAUCAGAUUUGCAGUGAGUGAUGGGCUUGACGUGAGGCCUAAAUACAGUGGCAUUGUGCACUGCAUGAAGAGCAUCUGGCAUCAGGAGGGCUUCCGGGGCCUUUAUCAAGGAGUCACCCCCAAUAUCUGGGGUGCUGGAGCUUCGUGGGGGCUCUACUUCUUCUUUUACAAUGCGAUCAAAGGCUACAACAAGGAGACCCGGCAGAUAGAACUGACUGCAACUGAACAUCUGCUGUCAGCAGCAGUAGCAGGAGCAAUGACGCUUUGCUUGACGAAUCCAAUCUGGGUCACCAAAACCCGUCUGGUUCUGCAGUACAGCGCAGAUCCGUCACAGAAACAAUACAAGGGGAUGAUGGACGCACUUGUGAAAAUCUACCGGCAUGAAGGCAUCUCUGGACUCUAUAGGGGGUUUGUCCCGGGUUUGUUUGGAACCUCCCAUGGCGCACUGCAGUUCAUGGCGUACGAGGAGCUGAAAAGAGAUUAUAACAAAUACAGAAAGAAGCAAUCCGAUGCUAAACUGAAUCCAUUAGAAUACAUUACCAUGGCAGCUUUGUCCAAAAUAUUCGCCGUGGCUACAACGUACCCAUAUCAGGUGGUCCGAGCCCGCCUGCAAGAUCAACACAACACGUAUAACGGAUUGACAGACGUCGUCUGGAGAACGUGGAGAAAUGAAGGCCUGCUGGGUUUCUACAAAGGCAUGGUGCCCAACCUGAUCCGGGUCACUCCGGCCUGCUGCAUCACCUUCGUGGUGUAUGAGAACGUGUCCCGUGUCCUCCUGGACCAGAACAAAUGAUCAGAGAAAAGAAUUAAACAGGAUCUAUGCUUCAAGGAGCAGAGCUGGACCUGAGGCGGGUCAGCCUGACAGAGACCAUGGAGGAG